AUGUUUUCCAAGUCUUUAACUAGUAAGGAUACGUUCCUUGUGCAGACCAAAGCAGCGAGAGAAGAACGAGCAUUGGAAAAAAAGCGCGAGCAAUCCGCUAUUAGAAUUCAAGCUAUAGUGCGAGGUUGGCUCGCCAGACAGAGAUUUGUUAAACUUAUAUUAAAAGAAUUUGAUGAAUUGCUUCCUGAAUCUAUGCCACAUGGGUCUCAAGAUGAAUCUACACAUCCUGUUGAGCUUAUUCCAGCUCUGGAUAUAUACAGAAUCACUUGCCGUUUAUUUCUGGUAUUUAAACAACCAAGGGACAAAAAGAGAUUUGAAAAGCUUUGCAAAUAUAUAGUACAAAGUUUGCAUUCAGAGUCUGUAAAGUUAUCAUAUGUUGGAGUGUUCCUAAACAAAGAGUACAGUCUCCAGUGGAUAGCCCACAUAAAGGACCUUCUUUACAAAUGCUGUUUAUAUCUUGAAGAGUUGAAACCUGAAUCACCAAUAGACAUGCAGAGUAUACUUAUCCAUUUGCAUACACUUAUAGCUUUUACAGCGACCAACACUUGGGCUCUGACAAGGCUUAAAAAUUUUGACAAACUUAGGGGUGGGAUGACACAACUAUGUGCUAACAUUAUGGGGUCAUUAUUCCAUAAAGGUUACUAUUUAACAUUGAAAUCACUCCUACUUCGCGGUUUGUGUCGUGAAAAAGUCAGCCUUAAGAAUAUCUCAUUAACAGCAAUAGUGACACUGUCUCUGCGGCCACUUGUAUCAGCCCAAUUUUCAGAGAAACUUCUCACUAUGUAUAUAAUACAGAUUUUGUCUGUGCCUACACUCGUGUUCCACAUGCAACAAAUAUCGCCAGAGUCUAUAUCAGCAUACCGUUCACAUUCAGUGUUUGACAAAUGCCUGGAGUUUUUGAGUACUGAUCAAAAUAUGCGCAUUGUAUUCAACACCUUAGAAGGAAAUUACGCAUUAUGCUUACUUGCCAACCUGGUGCAGUUGGCACACCUGGAGAGAGAACAUGCACUGCCCGAGUCCUACUACCCCACUUUCGUGCUAGUAGUGACAAGAUUUUUAGAUUCUUGUCAGCAAUAUGUUGUUUGCAAAAAAGGUAAUCUUAGCAACUGGCAUCCCAUACUUGGCUGGUUUUCCCAAAGCUUUGAUGCUUACUUGCCCCCUACGAUGGGAAACCUACGCAAUCAAUUAUCACUGCUAUGGGGAGCUCCUUUGUUGAAGAAGAUAAUGGCAACGCCACUUAAAGAAAUGGUUGAUUCUGGUGUGAGUGGGGAGGAAGGAGCUGGCCCUUCACAACCAUCAACUCCCAUUCAAAGUAGUAACCCAGCAGCGUUUAUUAGAAGAGCGAUUGAAGCCAGGACAAACAGAUCCAACUCCCACAAGAAUUAUAGAAAACUGGGCUCGCCUGACUGUACUAAAACAGCAUUAAUUUGCUCUAUGUACCACACGGCACUACAAACCUUGACGCAAGUUAAAUUGGAUAUACUUACAGGUCUGUGCAACCAAGAUGAAAUUCUGUACUCGCUGUGGCAGUUUCUGUGCACAUUGGGUCAAAAUUGCGGUUUAAAGUCAUUCCUUGACCUCUUAGCUGUAAAUACAAAGACAUCUGCACCGGAAUUCCAAAUGUUGAUACUCUUUGCCGAUUGCAUGACGCACUAUGUCACUAUUUUAGAUGAUAUGGAAAUGUACGAGCAACAGGAUCCAUUCAAAUUGCAAGAUUUCAUUGCUAUGUCUCAAUUUUUAAAUAUGUUUGUAUAUAAAACAAUUAUGGGACAACUGUUCGAUCUGAAGAGUAUCCAGACAAACGAGUUGUUCAGCUCGUUGCACACACUCCUGCUGGUGCUGUACAGGCGCGACUGCCGCCGUAGUUACACGCCGCCCAACCACUGGCUCGUGAAGGAGAUACGAGAGGGACAGUUCAUGGCUGAUCUUGAGAAAGGAAAGAAGCCGCAACAGGUGCUAGUACAGAAGACCCCACACAUGAUAGCGCAUGGCGAACGAGUCAGACUGUUCAGACGAGCGGUUGCUGACGAGAAGGUGGUGCUGGGGCUGACGGAGCGUGCGUGCGUGUCGGGUGCGCGCUCGACGCUGGUGACGGUGCGGCGCGCGCGCCUUGUGGAAGACGGCUACCGGCAGCUGGCUGCGCUGCCCGCGCGCGCGCUCAAAGCCGUCGUGCGCGUGCGCUUCGUCAACCAGCAGGGGCUCGACGAGGCCGGCAUCGACCAGGACGGCGUGUUUAAAGAGUUCCUAGAGGAGACUAUCAAGCGGGUUUUUGAUCCGUCUCUAAAUCUGUUCCGUGUGACGAGCGAGGAGCGACUGUACCCUUCGCCCACGUCGUGUCUACAGGAGAACCAUUUGCAGUUGUUCGAGUUUAUUGGCAGAAUGCUCGGAAAAGCCGUUUACGAGGGUAUCGUGGUGGACGUGCCAUUCGCGUCGUUCUUCCUGAGCCAGGUGCUGGGGCAGACGCAGCAGGCGCUGUACAGCUGGAUCGACGAGCUGCCUUCACUUGACCGCGAUCUUUACCGCAGCCUCACCUACAUCAAGCACUUCCAGGGCGACAUCUCUACAUUGGAAUUAACGUUUUCGGUUGACGAAGAGAGGUUGGGUGAAAUCGUAACACAUGAACUUGUACCAGGCGGAAAGGCUAUUCCAGUUACAAACGAAAAUAAAAUAAACUACAUUCACAUGAUGGCCCAUUUUCGCAUGCACACUCAAAUCAAAGAUCAAACCAACGCGUUUAUCAAAGGCUUCAGAGCUAUCAUCAAUCCUGAAUGGCUUUCACUUUUUUCCACUCCAGAGCUGCAGCGUCUGAUCAGCGGCGACAACGUGCCGCUGGACCUGCGCGACCUGCGGCGCCACACGCAGUACUACGGCGGCUUCCACGACUCGCACCGCGUCGUGUGCUGGCUGUGGGACGUGCUGCAGCGCGACUUCACCGAGCACGAGCGCGCCAUGUUCCUCAAGGUACGCACCCACUUGCACUUGCACGACUCGCACCACGUCGUGUGCUGGCUGUGGGACGUGCUGCAGCGCGACUUCACCGAGCACGAGCGCGCCAUGUUCCUCAAGGUACGCACCCACUUGCACUUGCACGACUCGCACCGCGUCGUGUGCUGGCUGUGGGACGUGCUGCAGCGUGACUUCACCGAGCACGAGCGCGUAAUGUCCCUCAAGGUACGCAUCCACUUGCACUUGCACUUGCACGACUCGCACCGCGUCAUGUGCUGGCUGUGGGACGUGUUGCAGCGCGACUUCACCGAGCACGAACGCGCCAUGUUCCUCAAGGUACGCCCCCACUUGCACUUGCACUUGGACGACUCGCACCGCGUCAUGUGCUGGCUGUGGGACGUGCUGCAGCGCGACUUCACCGAGCACGAACGCGCCAUGUUCCUCAAGGUACGCCCCCACUUGCACUUGCACUUGGACGACUCGCACCGCGUCGUGUGCUGGCUGUGGGACGUGCUGCAGCGCGACUUCACCGAGCACGACCGCGCCAUGUUCCUCAAGGUACGCACCCACUUGCACUUGCACGACUCGCACCGCGUCAUGGGCUGGCUGUGGGACGUGCUGCAGCGCGACUUCACCGAGCACGAGCGCGACAUGUUCCUCAAGGUACGCCCCCACUUGCACUUGCAUGUCUCGCACCGCAUCGUGUGCUGGCUGUGGGACGUGCUGCGGCGUGAUUUCACCGAACACGAGCGCGCCAUGUUCCUCAAGCGCGACUUCACCGAGCACGAGCGCGCCAUGUUCCUCAAGGUACGCACCCACUUGCACUUGCACGACUCGCACCGCGUCAUGUGCUGGCUGUGGGACGUGCUGCAGCGCGACUUCACCAAGCACGAGCGCGCCAUGUUCCUCAAGGUACGCACCCACUUGCACUUGCACGACUCGCACCGCGUCGUGUGCUGGCUGUGGGACGUGCUGCAGCGUGACUUCACCGAGCACGAGCGGACCAUGAUCCUCAAGGUACGCACCCACUUACACUUGCAUGACUCGCACCGCGUCGUGUGCUGGCUGUGGGACGUGCUGCAGCGUGACUUCACCGAGCACGAGCGCGCCAUGUUCCUCAAGUUCGUAACAUCGUGCUCGAAACCACCCGUACUUGGAUUUGCACAUUUAAAGCCACCUUUCUCGAUACGUUGUGUUGAAGUGGGUGACGACGAGGAUACAGGCGACACGAUUGGUAGCGUCAUUAGAGGAUUCUUCACUAUCAGGAAGAAGGACCCGCUAAACCGUCUCCCUACCUCAUCGACCUGCUUCAACCUGCUAAAGCUGCCCAACUAUCAGAAGCGGAGCACCCUUCGCGAUAAACUACGCUACGCAGUCAACAGCAAUACAGGCUUUGAACUCUCUUAG